AUGAACAUUUAUGUUGGCGCGUCAGCAGCGGCACUACCAGUUCGAUCGGGUAAUCGAUCAGGCGUUUACGACGCCCAGCCAGCAAGUAAGCCGCCUGGGGUUGAGCGACUGGCUAACGCUAAGGCGGCUGCGGCGGCGCUGCGACUACAACUGCCGCUGCUUUGCUGGUCCCGAGGCGUCUUUUUGGUGCACUCAACAAGCUGCAUGCUGUCAGACAAGUUAACAAAUCUGGUCAAUUGCGGUAAAUGUUGCAGUUUCGGUAGAACACAUUCAUUAUAUUUGCGGCUUUGUGCCACAUUCAUUACAUUUUACUCAAUGAGCUGCAUGUGACGAACUCCGUGCACUUGAAUGGCUUGAUGAUUAAAGCGUAUACAUAUCGACGAACAGGCGCACAGAUGGUAAGAUGACAGAUUGAUGUCCAUCUGUAAGUACGAAGUUAGCCGCAACAGUGACAUGUGGCACGGAAUUAAUCGAUAUUUGCUUCUAUUCAGCCUUUUCAAUACAGAAAGGUUGCUGAUCAGCA